CGUCUUUACCCUGUUUUUCAGUUACGAUACUUUUUUUACCUGUAGUCUUUCCACAUUUCAUUAAAAAAGACGCGUUCAAAAUGCAAUUGCUACCCUACUUUACAUUUGUUCUUACACUCGCUACUUUUGUCCAAGCAUUUCCACUUCAACGUCGUACUGAAGCAAGUGUGAGCGGUAUUGCUUUCAAUUUUCGUAACCCUGAUGGCUCCUGUCAGUCAUAUGAUGAAAUCAAGAAUACAAUCAAGUUAAUGAGUCAGAACGGUAUUCGACGUGUCCGCACCUAUGCUCAAGAUUGCGACACACUUGCUACCAUAUUAACAUCCAUCAAAUCUCUUGGUGUCGACAUGACCGUACUGGCUGCGGUCUGGGUGCAAGGUUCUUCUAAUGAUGAAAGUGAAAUUACUAAACUCAAACAUGUAUUGGAAACAGCAGAUAAUACAGGUGCUAUUAAUGGUAUAGUCGUUGGUAAUGAAGUUCUCUACAAUGGUUGGUUGUCCUCUGGAGCUUUGGCAGAAAAGAUAAAUGCAGUCAAAUCAAUUGCAAAUGGUAUUCCAGUUGGAACAGUUGAUAUUCCCGAGCUUUACUCACAGGACUUGAUAGAUGCCAGUGAUUUCGUUGCCGUUAACAUACAACCUUUUUAUGCUCCAGUAAGCGCUGAAGAAGCAAUGGCUAAUGUACGUGCUCGCUAUGAAGCCUUGCAGGAAAAGGCUGAAGGCAAAGAAGUCCUCAUUGCUGAGGUUGGCUGGCCAACCAGUGGUAAUGAUAUUGGGCCUGCUCAUCCUAGUGUUGAAGCUGAAGCAGCUUUGGCUUCUGCAAUGGCCGAAUCAGGUAUACCUUAUUACUUUUUUGAAUGGCAAGAUUCGUCUUGGAAAGGCGAUAGUGUUGAAUCCCAUUAUGGUAUUCUGGAUGCUUCUGGACAUAAAAAAUUCUCCUUCUAAGUUAUAAAUCAUUUCUCGCG